AUGGGCAAGUUCGUACAAUUACUCUCCCAUCCGGACGAGUUGAAGGCUGUCAUUCAAUUGAAAGGGUUUAGACAACCAUUACACCCUGUCCCAACAUCUCAAUCGCCGACUUUGAAAAGAUGCUACGAGUUGUUGAAUCUCACAUCGAGAUCAUUUGCAGCGGUUAUUGAAGAGUUGCAUCCAGAGUUGAGAGAUGCCAUUAUGAUUUUCUAUCUCGUGUUGCGGGCAUUAGAUACGAUCGAGGACGAUAUGAGUAUUAAACCGGAGAUCAAAGUACCUUUGUUACGUACCUUUUAUGAAAAAUUGGACUCUAAAGAUUGGACAUUUGAUGGAAAUGGACCAAAGGAGAAAGAUAGGGUUGUUCUUGUUGAGUUUGAUCAGAUAUUGGACAUCUACCAUAGUUUAAAGCCACAGUACCAGGAAAUUGUCAAGGACAUUACCCGCAAGAUGGGCAAUGGUAUGGCAGAUUACAUCUUGGACGAAAAUUUCAACCUUAAUGGGGUGGAAACCAUUAAAGACUAUAACUUGUACUGCCACUAUGUUGCAGGAUUGGUUGGCGAAGGUUUGACUAAGUUGAUGGCAUUGGCCAAAUUUGCUGAUGAUGCCGUGGUUGAAGACAAUUUUGAGAAAUCAAACUCAAUGGGACUUUUCUUGCAAAAGACAAAUAUAAUUAGAGACUACUAUGAAGACUUGCUUGAUGGCAGAUCCUUUUGGCCAAAAGAGAUUUGGUCCAAGUAUACCCCGAAGUUGCCUAAAUUUCACGAGGACAAGUCAAUGGAGUUUGAAGGGUUGUCCUGUAUCAAUGAUCUUGUUUUGAACGCACUCGGACAUGUGAGAGAUGUUUUGGAAUACUUGUCUCUAGUUAAAGACCCAUCAACUUUUUCUUUUUGUGCUAUUCCACAGGUUAUGGCAAUCGCCACUUUGGCCGAAGUGUACAACAAUCCAAAAGUCUUGCAUGGAGUUGUAAAGAUUAGGAAAGGUACAACUUGCAAAUUGAUAUUGGAAAGUAGAACCUACCCAGGAGUUGUAAAAAUUUUCAGGCACUAUAUUCAGGUAAUUAACCACAAGUCAGCGGUUAGGGAUCCAAAUUAUUUGAAAAUUGGUAUCAAGUGUGGUGAGAUAGAGCAGUUUUGCGAAACUAUGUUUCCCUCAGAGAACGCUAUACCCGAAGGCGCUCGCGUAUCUGAAGGGCCAAUUAAUAAGUUUUUGAAAAAUAGAAAAGCCAUUGAUGACAGCAUGCAAGUCAGAAUUGACCAAGAGACUUUUAAUACAAACGCCGUUUUAGGAUUCAUUGGUGUUUUGUUGGCAAGCUUAUUCAUUUACGUGUAUAGAUAG